CAAUUGUUCUUCCAAUAAUGCUUCGUAGCGCUUUUCUUCCCAUUCUUCUGUUGGUUGUUUGGACGUCGCUUAAGUGUUCUAUGGCUGAUGGGCCUACUAUUGUUGGUUAUGGUCGACAUACUUUGGUUGGGAACAAAAUAACUGAGUUUGGCAAUGCUAGCAGGAUCGCAGAAGACAACGAAGACCUCAAAGAUUACAUUGGGACUGAGAAUGCUUGUGAUGUGAAGUUUGAUGAAAAUGGGGAUAUGUAAGUUUUUGAAGGGUGGAUUUUUAAGGGGAAUUUUUGUCUGGCAUCUAAUGAUUUUUAAUUUAAAGUGUGCUCAACUACACCAGUGUUCGAGAGACGGGAUGUGUUGUGGAUCUA